GUAAAAGUACCAGGGGGGCGAGGACCUCGAGAUAUAAAUAUACCCUCCAUCACGGCCUACUUGCUACUCGAGUGUGUGUUUUCAUAUGAAUAUAACAUUCGAUCGACAAGAUACUCAGCCUUCAUAUAAUUUCCAUUUAAACCAGAUGGCGUCUCAACUACCAGUUGUCAAGCCUGACCGCGUCCUGAAAGAAGUGCAACCAGAUAUUAUUUCCAUCGACAAUCACAAGUUUCGUAUCAACUAUGACGUUCCGCAAGAAAUAACCGACCGUUUUGAUCGUUUGGCAGAGCAGGACAACAUCAAAUAUGAGGACAUCCCGCACGAUUUGAAGAAAUACGAAUUACACAAUCCCCCGGGAGAGGAAGAGAUGGAAGCAUCUAGUGGUACUUAUCUUGACAUUGCUGGUCGCGAGUUUUACGUGGGCCCAGAGGCGCCAGAACACAUUUUCGACCUUCUGGACCAACUGUUACAGAGAGACGAGGAGAUUACGUAUGAAGAUAUUCCGAACGAAUUAAAGGACUAUGAGGUGCCGGGUGCGACUUUGGGGAACUAAAAUACGAGGACCAAUUAAUAUCUCAUCAUUUAUACCAGCUGGAAGUCCCAGUAGCUGCUAUUAUGAGGCCUAAAGAGUGUUGGCGGUCGAUGCUAAUAGCUAGAGCUAAUGAACAUAGAAUGCAUAAAAUUUGAACGAUUAUUUGUGAUAAUUCUACUAUAUUUAUUAUGGCAUGUUCUAUUGUCUCUUAAAGUACAGGAAUGUCUCACGAAUGCUCUAGCUAUAGCAUAACGUAGUGACAAACGAAAGUCUCAAAUUGCAUGGAUAUAUGUUUAGCUCUCCCAGAAGAAUCAUUCUAUUUAAAACUUAAUUGGCUGGUUCCUUACGUGUUAGGCAUUGCAAAUUUUAGAGAAGAUAUUUAGACUGCAGCGCUUAAGAUCACACAUAUAUUCCUCUAAAUGAAUUAAAUAUAAC